AUGGACACAGCCGAGAUACCCCGCAAGCUCUGGCAGCAUCCGGACCCCCAGAACACGCAAAUGUACCGAUUCUUGCAAUCAGUGAAUUCUACCUUCAACCUCAAGAUCAAGACCUUUGAAGACCUUCACAACUGGGCCGUAGCCAACCGCGCCAGCUUCUACGGCCAUCUUUUCACCUACGCCAACUUCAUUCACGAGGGGCGUCCGACAUCGGUCGUGGACGAAUCGCUGCCGAUAGACGCCGUCCCUAAGUGGUUCCCUGGAGUGCAUCUGAACUGGGCUGAGAACCUCCUCUUCUCUCGAAAUGCUUCCGACACCAUCGACCACCACGGCACCGCUGGAAAGGAGGACGAUAAAGUCGCCGUCACCGAGGUCCGGGAGGGCAAUCAAGGCGACGUGCGGAACCUUACCUGGGGACAGCUUCGUCAGGAUGCGGGGAAUCUAGCAGCCGCCAUGAAAGCGCGGGGCGUCACGCAGGGAGACCGUAUCGUCCUUGUUGGCGCCAACUCCAUCGAGACGCUUCUUGUCUUCACGGCAGCGACCUGGCUCGGUGCCAUCUUCAGCAGCUCGUCGACAGAUAUGGGCGUCAAGGGCAUCUUGCAGAGAACCACCCAGGUCGACCCCAAGACGUUGCUGACUGGCCAGUUCAUCUUCUUUGACGACGCCACGGUGUAUAACGGCAAGACAGUCGACCUAAGAGACAAGAUGGCCGAAGUCGCCUCGGGAAUGGGCUCCUGUCCCUCCUUCUCCGGCCUUAUCUCCAUCCCGCGCUUCUCGAAACCGUACGAAGUGACCUCAUCCAAGACCGAGACAUGGUCCAGCUUCCUCGGCUCUCCAUCCGCACCGCCACCCUUCACUCGCAUUCCGUUCCACGCCCCGUUCCUCAUCUACUACUCCUCCGGCACGACGGGUAUCCCCAAAGCCAUCGUUCACACCGUCGGUGGCGUCAUGCUGAGCAGCUUCAAAGAGGGGCGUCUGCACGAGAGUAUAUCGCCAGAGUCUGUGUGUCUUCAGUACACCACCACCGGCUGGAUCAUGUACCUCAGUAACGUAUCGGCGUUGUUGGCCGGGGCCCGCAUCGUCAUGUACGACGGCUCGCCCUUUGUUCCUGAUCUGACGUCCUUCAUCCGGAUCCUUGGGGAGCAGCGCGUGACGAAGCUAGGUACCAGCCCGAGGUGGAUGUACGAGGUGGCCAAAAACAAGAUCAGCCCGCGGGAGGUGACAGACCUCAGCUCGCUGCAGAUCGUGACCAGCACAGGCAUGGUUUUAUCGAAUCAGUUAUUUGAGUGGUUCUACGAUGCUGGCUUCCCGAAGCACGUCCAUCUGGCUAAUCUCUCAGGCGGCACGGACAUUGCUGGCUGUUUUGGUAUGGAGAACCCCCUCGACCCCGUGUACGUUGGCGGAACACAGGGCCCCUCUCUUGGUGUGCCCAUUGCCAUCUACGAUGCCCAACUCCAGAACGGAUCGGGCAAGGCAGUACCCCACGGAACACCUGGGGAGCUUGUUGCAACGGCCGCCUUUCCCAACAUUCCGUGCUAUCUCUGGGGAGAUGCUGCUGCGACGUCAUCGUCCCCAACAAGCUUUGCCUCAGCAACCCCGGGGACGAAGUACCACUCGGCAUAUUUCGCCCGCUUCAACCACGUCUGGGCUCACGGCGACUUCUGCUCUAUCCACCCCAAAACGGGCAACAUCUCAUUCCUGGGACGUGCUGACGGCGUGCUGAACCCGAGCGGCAUCCGGUUCGGCAGCGCCGAGAUCUACGCCGUCAUUGAGCGGAACUUUUCCAGCAGGGUCGUUGAUAGCCUGUGUGUUGGGCAGAGAAGACCCAGCGAUGACGACGAGAGCGUUAUGUUGUUUCUUCUGAUGCGAGAGGGCGAGACCUUUGACCGAAGGCUGGUAGCAGAGGUCAAGGAUGCCAUAAAGAGGGAGCUGACGAAGAGACACGUGCCGCAAUAUGUCUUCCAGACGCCCGAGAUACCAACAACCGUGAACCUGAAGAAGGUGGAGCUGCCGGUAAAGCAGAUCGUGUCAGGCCACAACAUCAAGCCGAGUGGAACGCUGCUCAACCCACAGAGCCUGGACUUCUACUACCAGUUUGCCAAGAUUGAGGAGCUAACCGCCGGCAAAGAGAAACUGUAA